CACCGCCGGGACAGACCCUGGGAGCGCAGCGUGGCCGCCCGCCGCACACGACGGAGGAACUGAAUGAACUUUAAAUCUGCCUCCCAACUUUCCGCCUCUCUCCUCCCGCCGGUCUCUCCCCCCCAGCCACCGCCGCCCCCACUCUCACUCUCCCCCCUCCACACAAUCUCUUCCUCUCCCGCCUCCGCCGCUCCGCAGGUGAAAACCCAGAGGCAGAUCUCAGCCAUGGAUUUACUGCGAUCACGAUCCAAGUGCUGAACCGUCACAUCUUUCCACUCGUCCGGAUUUCCAGGCGCUUUUUGCGGAUGAUCAUCAGCGUCGUGAGGCGAGAUGAUGGCUUCAAUAGGCGAAUUCGACCCUCUGAACACCAGAGUCCCUGCAACUAAGAUAGAAGUUACUGUGUCCUGCAGGAGCCUGCUGGAUGUGGAUACAUUCUCCAAGUCAGAUCCUGUGGUUGUGCUAUAUGUGCAAGGUGUGGGAACCAAAGAGUGGAGGGAGUUUGGCAGGACAGAAGUUAUCGACAACACCCGGAAUCCCGAUUUUGUCAGGAAAUUUGUGCUGGAUUUCUUCUUUGAAGAGAAGCAGAAUCUAAGGUUUGAUGUGUACAAUGUGGACUCUAGAAGCUGUAACAUAUCCAAACACAAGGACUUUUUGGGCCAGACCUUCUGUACACUUGGAGAAAUAAUCGGCUCAACAGGAGGACGGCUGGAAAGGACCCUGUCUGGGAUACCAGGGAAGAAGUGUGGAGUCAUAAUUUUGGCAGCGGAGGAGCUCAGUAACUGCAGGGAUAUCGCUACAAUGCAGUUGUGUGCCAACAAGCUGGAUAAGAAAGACUUUUUCGGAAAGUCUGACCCUUUCCUGGUGUUUUAUCGCAGUAAUGAAGACGGAACGUUCACCAUCUGCCACAAGACGGAGGUGAUCAAGAACACGCUGAAUCCGGUGUGGCAGCCCUUCACCAUCCCCGUCAGAGCUCUCUGCAACGGCGACUAUGACAGGACUGUGAAGGUGGACGUGUACGACUGGGAUCGAGAUGGAAGCCACGACUUCAUUGGAGAGUUUACCACAAGCUACAGAGAGCUGUCCAGGGGGCAGAAUCAGUUCAACGUCUAUGAGGUUUUAAACCCCAAGAAGAAAGGCAAGAAGAAGAAAUACAUCAAUUCUGGGACUGUAACUCUGCUGUCCUUCAAAGUGGAGUCGGAGUAUACCUUUGUGGAUUUCAUCCGCGGAGGGACACAACUGAACUUCACCGUAGCGAUUGACUUCACAGCGUCUAAUGGUAACCCAUCCCAGCCCACCUCCCUCCACUAUAUGAGCCCCUACCAGAUGAAUGCAUAUGCCAUGGCCCUGAAAGCAGUGGGGGAGAUUAUCCAGGACUACGACAGUGACAAGCUCUUUCCUGCCUAUGGUUUUGGAGCUAAGCUGCCCCCUGAUGGCAAAAUCUCCCACGCCUUCCCACUGAAUGGCGACAGCGAUCAGCCAAACUGUGUGGGCAUAGAGGGAGUUCUGGAGGCCUACUUCCAGAGCCUGAGGACAGUGCAGCUGUAUGGACCCACCAACUUCGCACCAGUUAUCAACAAAGUAGCAAACUGUGCAGCAGAGAUUACAGAUGGCUCUCAGUACUUUGUCCUGUUGAUGAUCACAGAUGGAGUGAUAUCUGACAUGGUCCAGACCAAAGAGGCAGUGGUCAACGCAGCAUCACUUCCUCUGUCCAUAAUCAUUGUUGGUGUUGGCCCUGCUGAGUUUGACGCGAUGGAGGAGCUUGAUGGAGACGAGGUGAGAGUAUCCUCCAGAGGACGUCUUGCUGAGAGAGACAUUGUUCAGUUCGUUCCGUUCAGAGACUACAUCGACAGGUCCGGUAACCAGGUGCUCAGCAUGGCCCGGCUGGCCAAAGAUGUCCUGGCUGAGAUCCCCGACCAGCUGCUGUCGUUCAUGAAGAGCCGAGGAAUCGAACCACGACCGGCCCUCUCCUCCUCCCCUCUACCGGCGCUGCACCAGCACAUCUGACCUACACAAUCCCCACCAUCUUCCCCGUCUCUGUCUGUGUCCUUUUUUCCCCCUCCUUAUGCUUUUCUUAUCCUCCAUUUCUUUGCUGCUUUAAAAAGAAGGAAGAGUCAACCUGCUGCUCUCUCACCCAGAGUCUAAACAGACGCCUCCCUUCAGCACAGUGGGCGCUCAUCCUCCACUCACCUGCUGCUGUAACUCAUCUGUUCUUCUCCCUCCUCUUAAUAUUCGGUUACAUUACUAAAGAGUGUUGGGACCGACCGCCUGACUGGAACCUUCAGAGCUGGAUGUUUAGGAUGUUUUCCCACCUGAUAGUCCGGUAGACUCAAUAUUCAACAGACUCAACAGAAAUAUUUGUUAGAUUUUCAGCUGUUGCUGUUCCCUUUUAAGCUGCACUUUGUCAAACAUUCCAAACUCUUUGAAAAACCUGUUCCCCUCCUCUCCUGUGGUGGCGCUACUUCAAGAACCACAGAAAGAAACAACACGAAAAUGUCCAAAGAAGACAUGACAAUUUCAAUCUUCUCGAAAUGUAGAGAAAUAGAGUGGUGUCUGAUUUUAGCGGUUGUAGGAUUUUUCUUUUGUUUUUAGUCAAAGACCACAAGUUCAUUUCUUCCUCCAGUCCUAGACAUUUAGGUUGUUUUUACCCAAAAUUUACCCAGAAUGCCCUGUGCUGUCAUCCACUUCCUGCUUUGGGAGGCUGUCUGCUCAGCGUUCAAUUCAAACAGACCAAGUUUUUUUAAGCGGACAAGAUUUCUCUUUGUUGUCCGUAUCCAGUGUUGCCAGUUUGGUCAGGUUUCCUACAAAUCAGUCAGCUUUUGAACACUUUUGUUUGGUGUGAACACACCAUUAGUGUUUGCGUCCAACUCCUGUCAUUUAUGUUUUUCGGAGACCUCUCUUGCAGAAGGUUGACAUUCUGUCUCAUUUUCUCCAAUUAGCAGCCCAGUUUGGUUUUGGUCUAAACUAAAUCAUUUGGGGCCCUUGAUGAGUGAGAGGUACAGUGAGAUGUUUUCACCCUGAUUCAUGAACGAAGCGACUUGUACUCUGGAGCAUUUAGUCCGAGUCACUGCUGUGAAGGCUGCAGACGAGCGCUGGCGGUUCCAGGGUCGGGUCAGACGAUGCAUUAGUCUCACACACACACACACACACUGACACUCACGCCUCUGUCUGCGACACCACACCCACCCUUCUCUCUGCCCAGCGUGGGCCGAGGCUGGGUGCAGAUUCCCCCUCUCCCCCCUGCUGUUAGAGAAAUGCCAGUCUAUCCAGCUGUCCUGUGGAGAGGAGGAGGAGGAGAGAGGAAGGAAGGAAGGAAAAGAGCCAGGGGGAGGGAAGAGAGGAGACAAGACGCAGGUAUGCUCAAGGACGCGGUGAGGUGGAGAGAAAGUGUUUAUCUUGUUCCAGCUGCAGUUCUGUCCCUUCAUUAGUUUAAAA